AUGUGCUGCUCCCCUUGCUGUAGGCCCAGCUGCUGUGGAUCCAGCUGUUGUGGGUCCAGCUGCUGCCAGCCAUGCUGCCGCCCAACCGAGAACAGCUGCUGCCAGCCAUGCUGCCGCCCUUGCUGUGUGUCCAGCUGCUGCCAGCCAUGCUGCCGCCCAACCUGCUGUCAGACCACCUGCUGUAGGACCACCUGCUGCCAGCCCAGCUGCUGCUGCCGCCCUUGCUGUGUGUCCAGCUGCUGCCAGCCAUGCUGCCGCCCUUGCUGUGUGUCCAGCUGCUGCCAGCCAUGCUGCCGCCCAACCUGCUGUCAGACCACCUGCUGUAGGACCACCUGCUGCCAGCCCAGCUGCUGCUGCCGCCCUUGCUGUGUGUCCAGCUGCUGCCAGCCAUGCUGCCGCCCUUGCUGUGUGUCCAGCUGCUGCCGCCCAUGCUGCCGCCCUUGCUGUGUGUCCAGCUGCUGCCAGCCAUGCUGCCGCCCUUGCUGUGUGUCCAGCUGCUGCCAGCCAUGCUGCCGCCCUUGCUGUGUGUCUAGCUGCUGCCGCCCUUGCUGUGUGUCCAGCUGCUGCCAGCCAUGCUGCCGCCCUUGCUGUGUGUCCAGCUGCUGCCAGCCAUGCUGCCGCCCUUGCUGUGUGUCCAGCUGCUGCCAGCCAUGCUGCCGCCCUUGCUGUGUGUCCAGCUGCUGCCAGCCAUGCUGCCGCCCUUGCUGUGUGUCCAGCUGCUGCCAGCCAUGCUGCCGCCCUUGCUGUGUGUCCAGCUGCUGCCAGCCAUGCUGCCGCCCUUGCUGUGUGUCCAGCUGCUGCCAGCCAUGCUGCCGUCCAACCUGCUGUCAGACCACCUGCUGUAGGACCACCUGCUGCUGACCCAGCUGCUGCUCUCCUUGCUGCCAGCCCACCUGCUGUGGGUCCCCCUGCUGUGGGUCCUGCUGCUGCCAGCCUUGCUGCCAGCCAAGCUGCUGCCAGACAACUUGCUGCCGCCCUUGCUGUGUGAGCAGCUGCUGCCAGCCUUGCUGCCGGCCAACCUGCUGCCAGACCACCUGCUGCCAGACCACCUGCUGCCGCCCUUGUUGUGUGAGCAGCUGCUGCCAGCCUUGCUGCUGUGGCUCCCCUUGCUGCCAGCCCAGCUGCUGCCAGCCUUGCUGCUGCGGGUCCAGCUGCUGCGGGUCCAGCUGCUGCCAGCCCGUUUCCUGUUGUCCCGUGUACGUCUGCAGAACCUGCUACUACCCCACCUGCUGCUGCGUGCCUGGGUGCAUAUCCUAUGGCUGCGGAUCCUGCUGCUGCUGA